GCUUUAACACUAUGUUGGCCAUUCUAUUACAGUUUGCCUUUAGGGUUUUAGUUAUUGUAAAUCUUUUCUUUAUAAUUGGUAGUAUGACUUUGAUUGACAGAUUCUGUUCCUUUCUCUUGUGUAUUGCACUGCUAAACCCAGUGAGCGCACGGUAUCUGUCAAUUUGCGAGGGAGGGCGAACAACGGUGACCUGUCUCCCAGGUUAUGUAAUUGACAUUCGUGAGGCGUUUUAUGGAAGGGAUAAUCAGCACACGUGCCCGUCAGGAACCAUACACACAACAACCUGCAGAGCAUCGACGUCAGAGACCUUAAUUAGAGGGAAAUGCCAAGGUCGUAACUCAUGCAGUCUGUUAGCAAGCAACAGUGUGUUUGGUGAUUCUUGCAGGGGGACGUUCAAGUAUAUUUAUUUGGAAUAUCAAUGCAAAGAAAACGUAAAUUCCGGCGUUCGGACAGCCACAAUUUGUGAAAACAGUCAAUCAACCAUAUCUUGUGAACAAGGUUCCACAAUUAAUGUCUUGGAUUCCUUUUAUGGAAGAAUCGACAGAACCACGUGCCCAAGCGGUAACACUUAUACUACAUCGUGCAAAGCUGUUCAUUCACCCAUUUAUAUCCGGGGUUUGUGCCAAAGCAGGAAAACCUGCACUAUUAGAGCAACCAACAGUGUGUUUGGUGAUCCGUGUUAUGGCACAUAUAAGUAUGUGCAAAUUAAGUAUGUAUGUAAUUAACGGCAAAAAGUAACACAUUUUGAGCACAAAUGUUGGAAAAUUGUGCUAUGUAUUUUCUGAAGGCGUAAUACACUUUACGAAUAUUACACAAAUUAAAUGUUCAUAGCCCAACGUGAAUUGUGUAUUUUCUCCGUGUAAAAUAUUUCAUUCAAUCUUUUUUUAUCUCCCACAGAUAAACUACAGCUAUGUUAAACUUAAUUGUAAAUAACCAUGAGCUUAAUUAACCACUUUCGUUUUUCGCUAUAUAUUCUGGCAUUUCUUACUAAUCUUGAUUAUUUAACCGAUUAAAUAAAAAAAGAAUAAUAUUAUAACAUGCUGACCCAACUGUAUCUGGAAAUCCAUACAAUAAGAAAAAACACGGUUCAAAGAACAGCGUUCUUGGUAAAUAAAAAUAUCUUAAGGCUGU